AUGGAGAAGGUGAACAUCGAGCCUUGUGUGAAGAUGGACACCCAAACCCUUGAUCUUCUCAAGAUAAGAGAUGAUGUCACAUGGUACAUAAGGAAGCUAGGCUUGAGCAAGCUCUUCAAGCUAGAAUGUACUGGUGAAGGACUCCUACUCUUCAAGAUAGGCGAUGCCAAUGGGCGCAUAUCCAUCUCAGCUCUAUGCCAACUCUUUGGACUUCCCAAUGAGACAGCACAUGACUUCAAGGAGAACUCAAAGAGGAAACAAGCUGCCUUUGCUGAUUGGACACACUUUGCCAAUGAACCAUUCUUGCCUUCAAGGUCAAAGGUGUCUAGAAUCACUCAUCCAGCCAUUCGCUAUGUGCACCGCCUCAUCUCCACCACUUUCCAAUGCAAACAAGAAGCCAACAAGGUCACAACUGAUGAGUUCUACAUCCUCACCACACCAUUCAUCAAGCAUGAGUACAAGGCCAACCUUGGACUUUUACUUGCCAAGACAUUCAUCAAUGUGAGGAAGCUAGCUAAAGACUUGGAAGGCAACAAGAAGCUUUGUGUUCGUUUUGGGAGGCUUAUCACGGCCAUAGUACUGCAUGUGGGGAUUGACAUUCCCAACUAUGAGCCACUACCCAAGCCAACCCCUUUGGAUCUCCAUGCUCUUCAGCACAUCCACUUCCUAAACCGUUGGACUAAAGACCCAACUCGGUUUUGCUAUGAGUUUCCAAUUGGUCCAGCCAACACUUCCCUUGUCUUGCUGCCACAUGAGACAUCCCAAGCCUACGCUCAGGAGUUGUCACUUUCCAGCCCAAUGAGGAAGACUUCUAUGUUCCAUCAAGUGAGAAACCAUCAUUCCCCAUGCUCACCUAUCGCACACUUCAGCAUGCAGUCAAGACUCAACGCCGCCACCAAGAACGCCAUGUUCUCACUACUGGCAUGGCCGCGCACCAAGCUCUAG